AUGCCCGCCGCGCUCUCCGCUCCCGCCGCGCUCUCCGUUCCCGCCGCGCUCUCCAUCGCCCAAAUCUCGACGAGGAGAUAUCGUCAUCCCUCGGCAGUCGCGUCCGCCCGGGGAACCGACGAUCGCGAUCGCCGAGCGGGCCGACGCGCGACAGUGCUCAGCGGCGUCGGCGCCGCGUCGUUGCUCGUCGGGUGCACCCCUUGCCGGGCGGAGAUCGUCACGCCAAAGGGCUACGACGACCCGGAGACCUCGCCGACCGGCUUCAACACGCUGCGGUCGGAUCAGGACACCAUCGGAUGCGCGUACACCAUCGAGUGGCCGUCGGGCUGGUGCAGGCUGUCAGACGUGUCCUCGGCGCGAUCCGUCGGGGUUGACGCGUCGUUCAAGAACCCGAGGGACGAGGCGUCCACGCUGGCGGUGUUCAUAUCCGACGCGGGGUCGAGAAGGUCUGUCGCGGACCAGGGCUCGCUGGACAAGGUGGCGGCGUCCAGGGCGGAGUCGGCGCCGAGGCAGUUCAACGUCGGGAAGCGAAAGAGGAAGACCAAAGUCGGCGAGGGCGCAACCGAGGCGCUGACGUACGACGUCGAGACCAAGGUGGGCGGCGGGACCGCGGGAAGGUUUGGUAGCGCCGUGGAGCUGGUGGGCAUCACGGUGUGGGGAGGGAAAGAAUACCUGAUCAGGGCCACCGCGUCGGCGUCCUCGUGGCCGGAGGAGAGGGCGAGGCUGAGGCGGUGCGUGGAGAGCUUCAGGAUCCUGGAGACAUGCUGA